AUGGAUUUAAUAUUAACAUGUUUGAAUAUAUCUUCGUCGUUACCAACAAUACCAACAAUUAAUAGUGUGAAAAAUACUCCUAGUCAUUCAUAUUACAAUCCGAAUGGGAAAUUUAUUUUUCAGUUGAUUUCAUCAUCUCUUGCCCGGUCUACUUUUUCAAUAGCUGAUGUUCGAUCAUUUUUGGAACUAUUCACAUCAAACGAUAUCCAUUCGUUGGAUACUUCGGCCAUUGCCAAGUUAAAACCAGUGACGUCAACUAUUGUCUAUACAAGUGUAGCUUUGGCUCUAUUCAUGGUGCUUUCAGUGAUAUUUUGUAUUAUUUCAUGUAGGAAUUGUGGCAAACGAGAACAUAAUGAAAGAAAUAACAGACAACGAAAUAAAAAAUGCUCAAAAAAAUCUUGCUAUAUUGUAUUUAUAUUGUUGAUGGGCGCCAUUGUUAUUGGUCAAAUGAUCUUUCUUGCAUAUCAAGUUAGCAGAGCAAAAGUUUUUAUCGAUGAUUCAAUUAAAGAAAUCAAUCAAGAAAUUUAUCCAAAAGAAAUUUCGAUUCAUUUAGAACAUCUUCUCCGGCAACUAGAAAAACUUGAUCAAUAUUCAACACAAACUGAUUCUAUUAUAAUCAAAGCAUCCCAAUCAUUGUUUGUCAAAGCAUUCGAUACGAUACUUCGAGAAGAAUAUUUUUUUGGCGAAAUUCGUCAAUCAGUGAAUUAUAGUGAAGUUCAUAUCAAUGAAUUGGAAAAACUUAUAACUCAAGAGAGUAAUCCAUUGCCGGCCGUCAUGAUUGAUUUUCAAAAUAUCAAAAAUAAUAACAGAGAAAUGAUCAAUGAUUUAAAGAUGCCGCUGCAAGAAUCAUGUGAUUAUGCAAAUGGGCACGAUACAGAAAUUAUCAGUAUAAUUAUAAAUUCAUUAGAUCUUGUUCAUCAGCAAACAAGAAAACUCAUCGAUACGAUUCGCGAUGAUAUUCUCAGUCAAAUAACACCAUGGCAAAGUGCAAUGCUUUUCAAUCAGCAUUUGGAAAACCAAAUUCGAUGGUAUCUUCGUCUUGUAUUAACAAUUCUUCUCGUAUCAAUUAUUGUUCUUGGUAUGAUUCCGAUCAUUGCAUUAAUUAUUAUUUUCGUAUAUCGAAUGUGUUGUAAGAAACAACGUGUUGCUCCACCGAAAUAUCAUGAAAACUCUCAUCGAACAAAUGGUCAUGGAAAACAACCUUCGCCAUCAAUAGACGACGACAAGAAAUGGAUGUCGACUGCACAAUCAUCACAUUGUUCUUCGAGUGCACGUCUCUGUUGGAUGCGAAUUGUCUUUACUCCAAUGAUGAUCAUAUUGAUUUUGAUUGUUCUUGUCAGUGGUAUUUUCCACGGAGUUGAUCUGCUAGCUCAAGGUGCUUGUCGAACCGCUCACAAUGAUCAACCAUUCCUUGUUUCAUUUUUCAUCGAUCAACUGUCUGGAAAAAAUCCAAAUUAUUUAGUUAUUAACGAAUUAGAUGUACAAACUCUAUUCACGAAUAUUAUCGAUGAUUGUAGCAAUCAUAGGCAUUUCAGUGAAUCUUUUUUUGAAAAUCAUUUGGCUCGUUUCGAAAAUGAGACUGAUUAUGCAAUGAAUCGACUCAAUAAAAGGGUCUUUGAUCAAUUCAUUCUUACGAUUGAUCAUAUUGAUAUCAGAUCGCAUCUCGAUCUUCUUGCAAAGUUUUCUGAUGCAAUCGCUUCAGCUGAAAUCCAAGAAAAAGUACACGAAACCGAACAGAAUUUGAAAAAUGUUGAAAUACAAUUCAAUAAAAUAUUGACUAUGACUCCAAUAUUGCCGGCAAGUAUUGUUAAACAAACUAAUCAAGAUGUUAGUAUUAGAAAACUAUCUAUCAACGAUAAAUCUGAAUGA